AAAGGACACCUCGACCCGCCACGCCCUCGCGCGCGAGUGGGUCCCGGCAGGUGAGGCCCCACCCCCGGGUCUCAGGUGCUCAGUUAUCAGAGCAGCAGCAGCAGCAAGGCUAUCUUCUUCCUGCAGCAUAGAACUCAAUUCGCAAAAUACGCUCGCACUUCUUUCAUUGCCUGCUACAGUGUGGGAAGAUGCCUGCCUUACACAGGGACCUACUGAUGGAAGUUUCCUUGGGUUACAUUUCCUGCUCCCUUUACCAUGGCUUGGCACCAAUGCUUUGGUACUUUCCACUUCAGACUUUGGGACUCACCGGCUAUGAAAUCUUUGCUGCUGCUUACAUCUCUCCCUUAAUAUUAAACAUCACACUUGUCUGGAAUUUGGUUAACAACAAAUACGUCCUUGCUAUUCUCAGGCUAAUUAGUCUAGGGAGCAUUGCCUCAUAUCAGGCCUCUGAUCCUGUCAGCCGGCUGCUAUUGCUGAGUUUUGGUGUAUCAUCAGCCCUGCUUGUUCAAGCUGUCACUUGGUGGUCAGGAAGCAAUCAGCAAAGGCUCUGCAGAAUCUGGGGUUUCAUUUUGGGCCAUUUUCUGCUACUUGUACUAAGGAUCUGGUGUACCUCCCUGAACCCAGUAUGGACAUGCAACACAUUCAACACUUUAGCACUAUCCCUGGGUGCCGUUGUGACUUUGGACAGAAUACAUUCAGAUUUUCAGAAACUACCACAGGUAAAAGAGGAAGUCAAACCUACAGAAGAAAAGAAUGUGCCUGAUGCUCAGCAUAGUUGGUUUGUGAGUGGGGCAGCUUUUGGGAGUUUGCAGUUUCUCACACACUGGAUAUUUGGAGAAGUCUCACUGGUCUCUCGAUGGGCUGUGAGUGGUCACCCAAAUACUGGACCAGAUCCUAAUCCAUACGGAGGUUUGAUUUUGAUUUCCCUGGCUGUCGGUGUGAUGUUAUCAUUUUGGCCUUCCAUUGUUAACAGCAUUGCCUUUUGGCUAAUAGGAGUGGCAUCAGCAAUUGGUAUCUCCUACCUUCGGAGGGAAGGAGCAUUUACUGCAGGAACUGUCUUGGCCAUUUACACCAUGUCGCUUUGGCCUCACUUGAUUAACCGUUUAAUCAAUUCAGGAGAUCCAGGGAAGGCCUUGGGCACAGCCAUGUUUGUUUACGUGCUGGAGAUACUUGGCACAGUGUGGUGUACAGCUUAUAACUUUGUUCCUGGAGGUGCCAUUACCAGAGAACAGACAAUGGUAGUUUUAGGUAUCCUCAUGCACUUGAUUGGAUUGGGAUUAUUCUUUGGUCGACAGUCUAAAUCCUUCCCAUCAGAAACUAGUAAUGUGACUCCUUUCAAACUCUUGGCAAAAUAUGUCAAGCUAUUGCUUUGGCUAUUUGUCGGAUUGGGCCUGUUAGGAUUAGGACAUCGAUUUAUGUUGUAUCAGAAGAAGUUACUUAACCUGUCUGCAAAGAAAGACAUUUCCGCUAUGAUAUGGUCGUACAGAUUCGGAUAUGACAAUCAAGGUUGGCCAAGUUUAGAAGGAUCUGCUGAGCUUAUUGAACAGACGGGUGCUGAUUUAAUUACCAUUUUGGAAAGUGAUGCCUCCAAGCCAUUUCUGGGAAAUAACGAUCUCACCAUGUGGCUGGGAGAGAAACUGGGUUUUUACAUGGAUUUUGGACCAAGCACGAAAGAUCACACCUGGGGGAUAAUGGUUUUGUCGAGGUAUCCUAUAGUUCGGUCCAUGCACCAUCUUCUUCCAUCCCCACAAGGAGAACUUGCUCCUGCCAUUUCAAUGACUGUCAACAUUUCAGGAAAUCUCGUGGACUUGGUUGUUGCUCAUUUUGGCAACGAGGAGGAUGAUUUAGACAGGAAGUUGCAGGCACAGUACAUUUCCAACUUACUGAAGGAAAUCCCACAGCCACUUGUAUUUCUGGGUUACAUUACUUCUGCACCUGGCUCCAGAGACUAUAUACAGAUUAGAAAAAUUGGAAAUGUAAAGGAUAUAGAUCACACUGAUCCACAUCGAUGGUGCGAGUACAUCAUGUACCGUGGACUAAUAAGGUUGGGCUAUGCCCGCAUUUCUCACGGUGGUCUGAGUGAUACAGAAGUCCAGUUGGCGAAGUUUCGGAUUCCUGAUGAUCAAAAUCAUUACGAAGAUAAUGAUGAAGUUGAAACCGAUCCUAAAAAUGUGCCUGAAGAAAUUCACUUUAACUCCAGUAUUUUUCUUCCUAGAUUUGGAUCGUUUAUGAUUGGACACAACAGUGAACACAUUCACCACUUUCACAUGAAUACGCCAAAGUACUUCCUUCAACAUAAUAAAAAAGAAAAGCUUCUAAUGUAGAUGCGAUUGCAUAAAUAGUAACAUGCUGAUGUAUUACAUAUCCAUUCUGUUUGAAACAAAUAUGGAGUAUUUCUGAAUAUAAGGAUAGUUGUAUUAUUGUUGAUGAUUAAAGAUGGUAUUGUAUGGUGGUAAGAACAUAAAAAGCACGUAACAGAAAAGGUUAUUCCGUUUUAUCAUAGACUUGGCCCCAUCUAUAACAAAAUUGUGCAAAACUUAAAAAAACUUGGAGAAUCUCACAAUCUAUAUUAUUGAGUCUUCACUUGUUUUUUUUUUGACACGAAGGUGUUGGAAAAUAGGCCGAAGGGCCUUUUUCAGUGCUGUUGACCUCAGUGACUCUGACUUUCUUAAAAUCCCAGCAAU